AUGGAUGACCAGCCAGAGCCGCACUCGCUGGCGUCGACGUUUCCAAACCCGCCAGAGUUUUGGAGAGAAUUUACGCCAGAUAGGAUUGCAGAGCUUAAUGAGCUGCGGCUAUCGCGGGCGUCGCCAGAUCAAGAUGACGGAAACAUUGGGCGAAUCCCGGAUUUGCCAGAGCAUCUGAGGCAUCUGCAGCCGCCGCCAGAACCCGCAGACGGACGAUGGCGAGUCUUUGGCGAUCAGUACAUGCUCGACGACAAGCUCCCGACCCUCGAGGAACAGGGCAUCCAGAACCUACCCGCAACCGCCUCGUCCAGCGCAAAGGACGCCAAGCACUACGACCGCGCCUUUGAGCUCAAGCGCCUCGUCAAGUCGCUGCUGCUCAACUUCCUCGAGCUCAACGGCGUCCUGGCGCGCAACCCGGCCGACGCCGAGGCCAAGAUCCUCGACAUCCGCACCAUCUUCAUCAACAUCCACCACAUCCUCAACGAGUACCGGCCGCACCAGGCGCGCGAGUCCGCCAUCGAGAUGAUGCAGGACCACCUGGACCGCACGCGCACCGAGACGGCUGCCAUCCGCACGCAGGUCGACAAGGCGCGCAAGGUGCUCGAGGGCCUGGGCAGCCUGGACCUGUCGCUGUUCCAGGAGCAGCAGCUGGAUGGCGCGGACCGCAUCCUGGACGCGUCGCCGCUGACCGACAUGACGGCGGCGGACAUGCACCGCGGCGAGAGGCGCGAGCGGGCAGCGGCCGCCUGGUGCAUGGCCGAUGCGUUGCUCAACUAG